UGUCAGCUCCACAUCAACGCGUAUGACGUGGUCUGAGAGACAUGUUUUUCCUCUAUUUGUUAUUUCUUUGGUUUGUCUCUGUGGGCAUUUUCUCGGGAAGUAGCAAAUCUGUUUGGUGACGGUAGCCGUAAUUCUAUUCCGCUCUUUGGAAACGAAGGGAUGGAUCAUCAUAACCGUCUUCGUUUUCGUCUUCGUCUUCGUCGGGGAUUGUUUCCUCUGCCUUUCUUCAUUAUUUCCAUUUUUUUACUGUUCUUGGCAACUACAUCAGCUGGAUCUCCCUCUGGAAAAAGCAGCAGGUCAUCAGUCUUCUCUUUAUUUAACCUUAAAGAGAAGAGUAGGUUUUGGAGUGAGGCUGUUAUUCGUGGUGAUUUUGAUGAUUUGGAAUCUUCCAGACCCGGAAAAAUGGGUGUUCUCAACUACACAAAUGCAGGCAAUAUUGCAAAUUAUCUCAAGUUUCUGGAAGUUGAUUCUAUGUACCUCCCAGUGCCUGUGAACUUCAUUUUUAUUGGAUUUGAUGGGAAAGGAAACCAAGAAUUCAAGCUUCACCCUGAAGAACUUGAGCGCUGGUUCACAAAAAUUGAUCAUACCUUUGAACAUACACGUGUUCCUCAAAUUGGAGAAGUCCUCACCCCGUUUUACAGGAUUAGUGUAGAUAAAGAGCAACAACACCAUCUUCCCAUUGUCAGUCACAUAAACUACAAUUUUUCUGUUCAUGCAAUACAAAUGGGAGAAAAGGUUACUUCGAUAUUUGAGAAAGCCAUAAAUGUUUUCUCUCGCAAGGAUGACUCAUAUGGUAACAGGGAUGACGGGGAUGCUCUGUGGCAAGUAGAUGUGGACAUGAUGGAUGUUCUUUUCACUAGCCUUGUUGGAUAUCUUGAACUUGAAAAUGCAUAUAACGUUUUCAUCUUGAAUCCCAAGCACGACUCAAAAAGAGCUAAAUAUGGUUACCGGAGAGGUUUAUCAGAAUCAGAAAUAAAAUUUCUCAAAGAGAACAAGAAUUUGCAAACCAAAAUUCUUCAGUCGGGAAGCAUUCCAGAAACUGUUCUUGCUCUUGAUAAAAUUAAGAGACCUUUGUACGAGAAGCAUCCAAUGGCAAAGUUUGCCUGGUCUGUAACUGAAGACACUGAUACGGUUGAAUGGUACAAUGCAUGCCAAGAUGCAUUGAAUAAUGUGGAGAAGUUGUACCGAGGGAAGGAAACUGUGGAUAUCGUGCAGAACAAAGUUUUACAGUUACUGAAAGGGAAGAAUGAAGAUAUGAAGCUUCUUUUCAGUAAGGAACUAAAAUCUGGGGAAUUCAACAAUCUUCGUGCUGAAUGCCUUACAGAUACAUGGAUUGGAAAAGAGAGGUGGGCGUUUAUUGAUUUAAGUGCAGGCCCUUUCUCAUGGGGACCAGCUGUUGGUGGGGAAGGUGUUCGGACAGAACUAAGUUCUCCCAAUGUGCAAAAAACAAUUGGUGCAGUUUCAGAAAUUUCAGAAGAUGAAGCAGAAGAUCGCUUACAAGAUGCUAUUCAGGAAAAAUUUGCCGUAUUUGGUGAUAAAGAUCAUCAAGCCAUUGAUAUUCUUCUUGCGGAGAUUGAUAUAUAUGAGCUUUUUGCUUUCAAACAUUGCAAAGGAAGGAAAGUAAAGCUUGCUCUUUGCGAAGAACUUGAUGAGAGAAUGAGGGAUUUGAAAAAUGAGCUCCAAUCAUUUGAAGGUGAAGAAUAUGAUGAAAGUCAUAAGAGAAAGGCUCUAGAGGCAUUAAAGCGAAUGGAGAAUUGGAAUUUGUUCAGUGAUACUCAUGAGGAGUUUCAAAAUUACACAGUUGCACGUGAUACUUUUCUUUCUCAUUUAGGUGCAAAUUUGUGGGGAUCUAUGAGACACAUCAUAUCACCUUCCAUAGCAGAUGGUGCAUUUCAUUAUUAUGAUAAGAUAUCAUUUCAGUUAUUUUUCAUCACGCAGGAGAAAGUUAGACAUAUUAAACAAUUGCCUGUGGAUCUCAAGGCUCUAAUGGAUGGACUCUCCUCUUUGUUGUUACCUUCUCAGAAACCUGCUUUCAGUCAGCACUUGUUACCACUUUCAGAGGAUCCUGCUUUGGCAAUGGCCUUUUCAGUGGCACGAAGAGCAGCAGCUGUUCCUCUGUUGCUUGUUAAUGGAACUUACAGGAAAUCUGUUCGAUCCUAUCUUGAUUCCUCCAUUGUUCAGUAUCAGUUGCAGAGAAUGAAUGAUCACGGCUCUUUAAAAGGGAAGCUUGCCCAUAGCCGGUCUACACUAGAAGUUCCAAUAUUUUGGUUCAUCCAUGGUGAACCAUUGUUGGUUGACAAGCAUUAUCAGGCAAAGGCACUUUCUGAUAUGGUUAUUGUUGUUCAGUCAGAGCCUUCAUCCUGGGAGAGCCAUCUGCAAUGUAAUGGGCAGCCACUUUUGUGGGAUUUGAGGAGGCCUAUCAAAGCUGCGUUGGCUGCGGCUUCUGAACAUCUUGCUGGUCUGCUUCCCCUCCACCUUGCUUACAGUCAAGCCCAUGAAACUGCGAUUGAGGACUGGAUGUGGUCAGUCGGAUGCAACCCAUAUUCCAUUACUUCUCAAGGAUGGAACAUUUCCCAAUUUCAAUCUGAUACAAUUGCUCGGAGCUAUAUUAUCACAACUCUGGAAGAGUCAGUACAAGUGGUCAAUUCAGCCAUUCAUCUUCUAGUCAUGGAGCGUACAACUGAAAAAACCUUCAAACUUGUUCAGUCUCAGGAGCAUGAACUAAUUAACAAGUACAAUUAUGUUGUUAGUCUAUGGAGAAGAAUUUCAACUGUUACUGGAGAAUUGCGGUAUGUGGAUGCCAUGAGACUGCUAUAUACCCUAGAAGAUGCGUCAAAAGGGUUUGUUGAUCAAGUAAAUACAACUAUAGCCAUUCUCCACCCAAUCCACUGCACAAGAGAGAGAAAAGUACAUGUGGUGUUUAAUGUGACUACAAUUCCUGCUUUCUUAGUUGUCCUGGGUGUACUCUAUCUUGUGUUAAGGCCAAGACGACCAAAGCCAAAAAUUAACUGAAAAUACUGGAAAUGUGAUUGAUAGCAGUGGCUUCUGGAGAUGCUUUUGAGGGAAGUGAUUUCUAAGACAUUCUCCUGGUUUGUUUGCGGCAGCGAAUACUUUCACAAGUGAUAGGUAAAGAGCAGAAUUUUCGGAAAAGGCCACCAGGUACGAAAUCGGAUAUAACUUGUGAAGUUGUCAAACCCCUUCCCCCUUGUAACUAUAGCCAACGGUGAGUUUUCGUCUUUUCCUCUUGUAGUCCAUGCACCAUUUGGUCUAUGAGCUCCAAAUUUGUAUCUCACAAGGUUGUGAAAUACAGCAAAACUGAAAUUCUUCUUGUUAUAAGAUGUUUUUUUGGGUCAGAAAACAAGUGGAUACAGAAUUUGUGAUUAGCUGACCAAAAACAAGAAUAUUCGGGAUUAAAGUCACCUGUCUUUAAUUUGUACUGUGUAAAAACAAUAUUAUCGUACACAGAAGCAGCCGAGUUGUAGUUUUACUA